UGCGGUGUUGUUGAAUUCUCAGCUUCAGGUUGUCUUAAACUCUCUCUUUCUCUCUCUCUCUCUCUCUCUCUGUACUGCAUUUUCAUCUCUAAUUCUCUCUGCAAAUUCUCCAAUCAUGAUUCGGAGAAUCUAACAGUUGUCCAGAAAACCCUUUUCAGCAAAGCUCAUCUCUCACUAUAUGGAAACAAUGCGGGUUCCGCCAUGGCUAGAACCACUGCUAAAGGCAGCUUUCUUCUCCGCUUGCCGGACUCACGGCGACGCCGCCAGGAGCGAGUGCAAUAUGUUCUGCUUGGACUGCAAAGCCGACGCAUUCUGCUUCUACUGCCGGUCAUCGAAGCACAAGGAUCACCAAGUCAUCCAGAUAAGAAGGUCUUCGUACCAUGACGUGGUUCGGGUAUCGGAGAUUCAGAAGGUUCUGGACAUAAGCGGCGUCCAGACCUAUGUGAUAAACAGUGCGAGGGUUCUGUUCUUGAAUGAGCGGCCGCAGCCGAAGAGCAUCGGCGGCAAAGGGGUUUCUCACGUUUGUGAAAUCUGUGGCCGGAGCCUCUUGGACCCAUUCCGAUUCUGCUCAUUGGGUUGUAAGGAACAAAGAGAAACGGGGUUGCAAGCUUUGCCUUGGAGGCGAAGAAUAAUGAGGCGACAAAAGUGGCCGGGAGGAGAGGGGAAGGGGUAUCACGGCGAGCCAGCGAGAGACCGCCGUCGGGGAUGGCGCGAGAGGAGGAGGAGGAGGAGAAAGAGUUGCGUGAAGGGUCGCAGCAAGACAUCUCUCCGCCCACGCCACCGCCACCGCCAAAUGCGAGGAGAAGAAAGGGCAUCCCUCGUAGGGCGCCGUUUGGCUCCUAGCCACCAAUCACCAAAGACAUUGAUAAUUACUUUUUACAACUCAUCACAAUUCUUUCCUUCAACCAAACACCCCCCUCCCCCUCGGUUCUAUGAACAAAAUGGUUGUAUGAAUCAUUCCUUCCUAAGAUAACCCAAAAAAAAAAAAAAAAAAAUAUAUAUAUAUAUUUCUUGACCAUCUCUUCUUGUUUUAAUUUG